GUGAUGUAAUUGACGAACGACCCUUUAUCACAGAGAGUCAGUCAAAAACAGAAAGUAUAUUUAUUUUUAUUAUUAAAUCAUAAACGAAUUAUCAAUAUUUGAAAGAACUAGAACAACAUACAUAAACUUAAAGAUGGAUCAGCAAAAUUGCUUUUCACCAAAAUCGUCAUCGCCAAGAAGAAUAAUUCAAGACAGUAGCACAGGAACGUUAAAAACAAAAAUUUCACUAGGACAGAAAUAUCCACAAAUUAUAAACAGUGGACCAUUCUAUCUGGUAAAGGAGCCUCCUGAAAAAAAUAAAUUGACAGCAUCAACAAAUAUGCUUCAAUACUAUGGACUAGAACAUACAUAUAAUAAAUUUAAUAGCAAGAAAGUUAAGGAGCAGCUGUCUUCAUUCCUUCCUACACUUCCUUGUGUUGUCGAUGGUCCUGGAGUAAUUGAUAAUAGCUCGCUACGAAGUGUUAUUGACAAGCCACCAAUAUGUGGAAAAGAAUUAGUAUCAUUAAGCUCCUUACAACUUGCUGGAUUUCGACUCCAUCCAAAUGUUCCUCUUCCUGAAAAGUAUCGUAUUCUCAAUUCAACGCCUACACGAAAGCACAAGAAAAAAGACAAGAAGCAUAAAUACGACAAUAAUAUUGUACAGGAUGUAUCAGCUUCUGGUGAUCAACCAGAUAUUCAUUCAGAAAAGAAACACAAGAAGGGUAAAAGACAUGAUGACGAUAAGGAAAGAAAAAAGAGGAAAAAGGAGAAGAAACGUAAAAAACAGAGUAAACACAGUCCUGAUCAUCCUUCGAGUAUCUCAGAGACCCCAUAAAUAAUUAAAUAAAUAGUCAUAAAAAUUGA